UCGUUAUUUUAUCUACAUAGUAGAGAGUUAUCAAGUAAAAUUCUAUUCAUCCGUUAUUUUGACACGUAAACGCUAUUUUUUUACGGUAUAUAUUUUAACGUAAAUGUAAUUUUUGAGUUAUCAAGUGGCAGAAUUCCUGCUUCACGUUAAUAGUUGGCAGCUGUCAGUCAAAUGUCGUAUUUGACAGCAAAAUAUUUAAAUUUGUUUAAAUUUUUUUCUGUUUUUGUUUUCUUUCACGAAGAUAGAUAUUUUGAAAUUUUUUCCUUGUUUUGUAUUGUACAAAAGAAAUAUAAUAAAAUAUGGAAGAUAUCUUAGAACAGGCAAUAUUACUUGAAGCUAAUGAUGAUGAUAUAGAAUAUGUGAUACUAAAUCACAUUUUAAAUGAUGGUAAUGAUAAUAAUGUUCAAAAUGUUCCUGUCUUCAAUUUCGAUACCUUAGAAGCUGAGCAAGCCAAAAAGUACUUUCGAUUUGAGAAACAGGAUAUUCCAAGGCUGGUACAGUUGUUAGGGAUACCAGAUAUAAUUGUAACAGAAACUGGCCAUACCUGUACUGGACUCGACGGACUGUGCAUUUUAUUGCGUCGUCUAGCAUACCCUAACAGACUUAGUGAUCUAAAAGUCAUAUUUGGACUAUCAGCUCAGUCCUUGUCACAAAUUAUUAAUAAAACAGUAAACUUGAUUUUAGAAGGUCAUAGAUCAAUUUUAGAAGAUUUGGACAAUGUACCCUGGUUAACACAAGAAAAAUUGGAGUACUAUUCACAGGCAGUAGCUGCAAAAGGGGCAGCGGUUCAAAAUUGUUGGGGUUUUAUAGAUGGAACUGCAAGGCGUAUUUGUCGACCAUCUAUAAAUCAAGAAGCGUAUUAUUCUGGUCAUAAGAGGUGGCACUGUCUUAAAUACCAGUCUGUUGUAUGUCCUGAUGGCAUCAUUAUUAGUCUUAAAGGACCUUAUUUAGGCAGGCGCCAUGAUGCCGGCAUUUUUGAAGAGAGUAAUAUAUAUAUGGAAUUGGAAAGAAAAUGUACUUUUGGAAAUGUCAAUUUUGUUUUGUAUGGAGAUCAGGCUUAUCCAUUGUCCAAUCUUUUGCUAUGUCCUUACCCAAACCCAGCAAGAUUACCCAAUGGAAUACAAAGGUUGAGACAGGAAAACUUUAACAACAGCAUGUGCCAGGUUAGAUUAGCUGUAGAGUGGGGAUUUGCAAAAAUUGUAAGGGAAUUUGCCUUUUUAGAUUUUCACAAAAAUCAAAAACUUUUGUUGCAAGACCUAGGUAAAAUGUACAAGUGUGCAGUAUUGCUGAUAAACUGUCACACAUGUUUAUAUGGAAACCAAGCUGCCACAUAUUUUAACGUAAUUCCUCCUAAUUUAGAAACAUAUUUAGAGCACUAAUUUUAUUCUAUUUAUUUACUAUUCGAAUUGGGAAAAUAA